UUUGUCGUCACCACAACGCCUUCAUGUGAUGUCAUCAGAGCGCGCUGGGGAGGCAGCUCUUUAAGCGUUUGACUGCAAACAUGUCUCGUCGAUAUGAUUCAAGAACGACCAUCUUCUCUCCGGAGGGCCGUCUCUACCAGGUGGAGUACGCCAUGGAGGCCAUCGGUCACGCCGGCAGCUGCCUCGGGAUCCUCGCCAACGACGGCGUGCUGCUGGCGGCGGAGAGGAGGAACAUCCACAAGCUGCUGGACGAAGUCUUCUUCUCCGAGAAGAUCUACAAGCUCAACGAUGACAUGGCGUGCAGCGUGGCGGGAAUCACAUCAGACGCCAACGUGCUGACCAACGAGCUGAGGCUCAUCGCACAGAGGUACCUGCUGCAGUACCAGGAGCCGAUCCCCUGCGAGCAGCUGGUCACCGCGCUGUGUGACAUCAAACAGGCCUACACACAGUUUGGAGGGAAGCGUCCCUUCGGCGUGUCUCUGCUCUACAUGGGCUGGGACAAACACUACGGCUUCCAGCUGUACCAGAGCGACCCCAGUGGGAACUACGGAGGCUGGAAGGCCACAUGCAUCGGGAACAACAGCGCCGCUGCCGUCUCCAUGCUGAAGCAGGACUUUAAGGAGGGAGAGAUGACCCUGUCCUCGGCUCUCGCCCUCGCCGUCAAAGUCCUCAACAAGACCAUGGACGUCAGCAAGCUGUCUGCAGAGAAAGUGGAGAUCGCCACUCUGACCCGUGAGAAGGGGAAGACGUGCAUCAAGGUGCUGAAGCAGCAGGAGGUGGAGGAUCUGAUCAGGAGACACGAGGCGGAGGAGGCCAAGGUGGAGAAGGAGAAGAAGGAGAAGGAGCAGAGGGAGAAGGACAAGUAGCUGUCUGUCUCUCUCUGUCUGUCUGUCUGUCUGUCUGUCUGAGAGUGAAUGAGUCUGAUGUCUGUCUG